AGCAGGCCGGUUGUUUGGUGUCUGCCUGUCUGGCAGACGGAGCCGUCAGCUGUGGAGCGAACUGUCUCUCUUUGCGGUCCUGGUUCACAAUAAAAACCAGAAAAAAGGCAGAGGAUACUCUGCAACAGGACGGGAGAUGGACAACAGUAAACGGACGGUGGUCGUUACAGGUUUUGGGCCAUUUGGAGAGCACACCGUCAACGCCAGCUGGAUAGCAGUACAGGAACUGAAGAAGCUCGGACUGGGCAGUGAAGUGGACCUGCAUGUGUCCGAGGUUCCUGUAGAGUACCAGACAGUCCAGAGUUUGGUUCCUUCAUUAUGGAAGAAGCAUCAUCCACAGUUGGUGGUUCAUGUUGGAGUCUCAGGUAUGGCCACCACUGUCACGUUGGAGAAGUGUGGCAGAAAUCACGGCUACAAGGGCCUGGACAACAGCAGCUUCUGUCCUGAUUCACAGUGUUGCAUUGUGGGAGGCCCCGACUGUAUCAACUCAGUCAUUGACAUGGAAUCAGUCUGUAAGAGAGUGACCUCCUCAGGGCUGGGAGUAGCUGUGUCUGUCUCCAAAGAUGCUGGAAGGGGGGGCGCGGGGCUCCGUUGGCGGGGCUCCGUUGGCGCAGCGCCCCUUCAAGACAAUGGUAUCUGUGUGAUUUCACCUACUACACGUCUCUGCACCUGAGCCAUGGUCGCUCUGCCUUCGUUCAUGUGCCUCCUCUGGGAAAGCCUUACAGCGGGGAAGACCUGGGCCGGGCGCUGCAGGCCAUCAUCCAGGAGAUGCUGGAGCUUAUAGACCAGGCCGAAGAGAAAAUCCACUGCCAGCAGCAGCACUUCCACUAAGUGACCUCCAGGUGCCAACCAGCCUCUCCAACCCUCACCACAAAAGAGAAAUUGCACUUAACCACAAGUAGCCAAACUUCUUCUCUUUUUAUUUUUGUCUUGGAUAGAAGGAAAACUUCAGUUUGUCUCCAGCGUUUGUCUCUCUUGGUCUUCAUGUUUUUCUAGCCCUGACUCAGUUGUGUUUUUUAUGUCUCCCGAUGGUGAGAAGAUAUAAUGGGAGUCUCAAGCCUAACUGUGCCAUUUCACACUUGAUGUUGAAUUGUUUCUUGAGUCCUUUUUCUUUAUAAGAAGUUGAUAUUUUGCCUUCUUUUACAAAGGUUAUUUAAUCAGGGAACGGGUUGGUUCCAGCUCAUAUUCCCCCACAGUUUUAUUGGCCCAACUCUGACAAAACAAAAACCCCUCAUUGAGACCUGGCCCUUCAGGCAGUGCAAUGUUAUUUUACAGAUCUCGAGUUCAGUGAUUUAGUGGUAGGUUUUAUAGAAUUAUAUCAGGGCUGCACAAUUAGAAAAUAUAAAGCAUUGCAAUUAUUACCACAGACAUUGGACAGAUUAAAUUAAACACUCUUCUCAUGGGAGCUGUGCCUUGAAAGUUGUGUUUAUUUAAUAUAAUGACUAAUAUAUUCUUACAUCUUUGGAUUAAACUUGCAAAAGCUCAUGUUGUUCUUAUUUGUGCAGCACUCACUUUUAUUCCUUGAUCAAAAGCUUUCUGUUGCUCCCUUCAUUGAAUCAGAUAUAGCUGCUUAUUUUACCUGAGGAUUUGAUUUGAUGAAGUUGGACUCUCAGUUCAGAGUUGGGCCUGUCAUUUUUACUUCUGUAGCAUUUUCUUUAUUUUGUUUUUACAUUUUUACUUAGUCUGGAAUAUGGACAGAAAUUGUAGCCAUGUGAAUCCUAGCAUUUACCAUUUUUAUUUUCAGUCACCUUAACUUGGCAUAUGUAGCUUUCAGACAGAUCCAUAUGUUCUAAUUAUUAUUAUUAUGCAUGUGAGGUAUGCUUCGUAGGUGAGUUUCGCUUUAUAUUCCUGAGCUUUGGUUUGUUUUGACCUGUUUAGCUAAAUGCAGCAGAUUCCUUCACUGUGUUUGUGAUGGUGCCUCUUCCAGUUAUAUGUUCUGUUUUAUGUCUUUUUUAAAUGUUUUUCUGUUUCACUGUGUAUACCAGCUGAGUCGUCAAAAAGCCUAUGUGAACAAACACAGUUUCAGCUUGAUCAGAUUUACUAUAGACUUAAUGAUUAUGAAAUGGCCUUCACUUUACUUCAGCACCCUGUGUAUCCACAGAAAAUCUAUUUGUCUGUUGUAGACUUCAUAACUAGUCUUGGGAAACAAACUACUUAGAGCUGCAGCAGUCCAUUGGCCUUUCGUGAGAUUUAAAUCAAAUGUUUUUUCAUCAAUUAAGCAAGUUGAUCCCACUACAUUUGAGUAAAUUGACAUUAUUUUCAGCUGUGUAUCAUUUGAAAUGCCAGCAACAUGGUUUGUACCACAAGCUAGCAUCCUGGAGCACUGAGCUGAACAGAACUGAAGUUCUUCUCAAACCUUCAUUUGAACUUUUUUGUUAAACUAACAACUAAAACAACUGCUUCUUUCAACAACUCUUAUGUACUUGUUGAAAGAGGUGAGACAGUGAGGUUGUUGUUCUGAGUUUAUAGGUGCUGAUAUUUUACUGUGUUGGUUUGUGAGUGCUGAGAAGUGAAAAGGUUGUGGAGGAGCUGCCCCCUAAAAUGUUGCUCACAAAAGUGAAAGCCUCAAGUUUACAAAUGUGAUGACCUCUGACCCUGUGCCUUGCUGUUCCUUAUGUGUGUUAUGAAAAGGCCUUAAAAUACUCAGCAGGUCAGUUCAAAGAUAUAUUACUGAUGCUGUCCAGUCAGAUGUGUGGCUACCUCAAAAACACGUUUUUUUGUAUCUGUGUGUGUGUUCUCGUGUACAAUAACAUUAUGGCUCUGUGAUUUAUUGAGUUUCUCUGUUUAGGCAGAAUCCUCUGAGAACUGUCUUCUGCUUCUGACUUUAACAAAGCACUGUUACAACAAGUAAUCUUGGCUUUUAAAAUGAAAGGCUUUGAAAUAAAGAGAGUUGAGUAUUACAA